AUGAUGUUCGGCAAUUCUCCUUAUGGAUGUGCACCUCAAUCCUCACCACGGGUUCCCGACCCAAACAAUUCGCGAAUCUCGCCACAAAAUGCUUCCACCGCUGAUCCAUACUAUCCAUAUCCAUACUCGGCUCCAGUCACAAUUCUCAAGCAUGAUCCAUCCGUCAGCUAUGGACAACCAUUUUAUCCGCAUGAAUUCCCACCUGGUUUUAUGGAUCCACGAUUUAACUUCAAUCCCUACAAUCCAGAAUUGUUCAAGUAUCAGGGAGGAUUGGUGGCAUCGCCGAGCGGUCACUUACAGGGAGUUGUUGAGCCAAAGAUUUGCAGAUGGGUGAAUGAGAAUGGAAAAGAAUGUGGUUCGGGAUUCGCUUGUUCAGCUGAUAUCACCGCUCAUCUCAAUCAUCAUCACAUUGGAGCGAGCGAAUCUUUAGUUUACAUUUGUCAUUGGAAAGAUUGCAGUCGAUCGGUUGAGGAUAAGGCUUUCAAGGCCAAAUACAAAUUGGUGAACCAUGUCCGAGUUCACACCGGAGAGCGUCCAUUCACUUGUCCGACGUGCGACAAACUCUUUGCUCGAUCCGAAAAUCUUAAAAUCCACUUGAGAACGCAUACAGGUGAAAAACCAUUCAAAUGCGAUCACUGUGAGAAAUUUUUUGCCAAUUCGUCUGAUCGAAAGAAACACAUGCACGUGCACACAACGGACAAAAUGAAUACGCCGUAUAUUUGUAAGCUUCGAAGUUGUGCGAAGACCUAUACGCAUCCGAGCAGUUUAAGGAAACAUAUGAAGAUGCACGAGAAAGCUGGCGAGUUUCCGGAUUUGGAUGAGAGCGGUGAUUCGGGUCAUGCCUCGUCAACUACACCAGCUGAAUCCGAAUUUUCACCGAAACAACAAGAAUGUCAAUACGAUCAGAAGUUCGGCCCAUCAAUGUCGGUGAUGUCAAACAAACUUGACGCUACAGUGUUAUUCUCGUCAUUAUUUGGCUACUUUUUGAGAAAGGAAGGACAUGGUGCUCAAAUAUUUUUAGAGAUGGGCUUUGUUGCG